GUCAAAGCAUUCGGAACUACAGAAACGAGAGACCAAGCACGGUAGAUCACCCGCCAUUAACUGACGAGAACGUGAAGAAUGGCGUCCAGGCAUAAGAAGCCGUUCAGCCAGAAGGCGAAGAAAGUACAGUUGCAGCAGAAGCGCUUAAGGAAAAAGGACGACGAUUGGGGUUGGGAUGACGCAGGCAACGCUAGGGCCGCUUCACCGACCCAGAGAAGUCGCGAUAGUGCAGACCGACCCCUAAGUGACUCGGACGCCUCCCACCAUGAAGAGGCGACCCUCGUCCAACCUCGGAACGUGGUAGACGCAGCCUAUGGCCACGGAGCCCUAGAGUCCGUAUUCGCCAAACUGCCACCGGAUGUCGUCGAGCGGAGGAAGAAGGAGAGCAUGCAGCCGCUGGAGCAUCUACCGGACACGUCUUUGGAAGUGUCAUUUGAGGAGCUGUAUUCCGCCGACGCUGUCAUUGACAUCCCGAAACGACCGAUAUGGUCGUACAAGGACUCGAGGUACCAGUUAGAAGUACGCGAGGAGGCAUACUUCAAGCAGUGGAUGGAAGGAGUGUAUUCGAAGCAUCGCUCGGAUGAGCUGUCGUAUUUUGAGCACAAUCUGGAUGUUUGGAGGCAGUUAUGGCGUGUUUGUGAGAUGUCCGACAUUCUGCUCUUCAUUGUUGACGUCCGCCAUCCCGUGCUACACUUUCCGCCUUCUCUGUAUGACUACGUGGUGAAGGACCUGAAGCGUAAGCUUGUCCUGGUCUUCAACAAGAUCGAUCUCGUCACAUCUGAAACUCUCGAAGCAUGGACAAUCUACUUCCGAGCCACAUUCCCGGAACUGAUUAUCGCUAGCUUCAGUUGCUAUUCGAAGAACGACUUUGUGAAGUCCGAUGCUCCCGAUGUCGUCCGACCAGCCAGCAAGCGCCGCGCAAAGCCAGCCGUCCGCGGUGUAGGUGUCCCCGAGGUUCUCCGCGCCUGCCGCGACGUGCACUUGAUCAAAAACCAAGCUGUCGUCAACUGGGACGCGCUCGUCGAACGUGCGGAGGUUGAGCAGCGACAGAAAGAUGAAGAGGAUCGGAUCCGGGAGCAGGAUAAGGGGGAGAAGAGGAGACGACAGAGGAUAGGUGAUGAUGUACCGCCGGAUGAUGAGUCGGUUGAUAGUGAAUCUGAGGAGGUUGAUGAGCAUGAUCGGUCGUCAGAAGCAGCGACGUCGGAUGUGACGCACGAGGGGUUCGAACCUCAUAAAGACUGGGUUACGAUCGGAUUCGUUGGUCAUCCGAACGUCGGAAAAUCCUCACUAAUCAACAGCCUAAUGGGCAAAAAAGUUGUCUCAACAUCUCGAACACCCGGGCAUACAAAGCACUUCCAAACCAUCCACCUCACCGCCAACGUCCGCUUCUGUGAUUGCCCCGGCCUCGUCUUCCCAGGAAUCAUCCCCAAACCAUUGCAAAUCCUCUCCGGCAUGUACCGAAUCUCGCAGGUCCAAGAACCCUACACCGCUAUCGCCUACCUCGCCGCGCGUAUGCCCCUGGAGAAGAUUCUCGCGUUACAGCAUCCGGACGCCGAGAAGGAUGACGAGGACCACGGUCAGCGUCCCGCGGCUACAUGGUCGGCUUGGCAGAUUUGUGAAGCUUUCGCGUACCAGCGUGGGUUCCUCACGGCGCGCACGUCCCGUCCGGAUGUCUACAGAGCGGCUAAUCUGAUUUUGAGGAUGUGCGUGGAUGGAAAGAUUCGGCUUGUUUUCAAGCCGAAAGGGUUUAAGGAGGGGUUGUGGAAUAGUAGCAAGCCUAGUGAUAGUGAUAGCUACGUAGUGCAAGAUGGGGAGGAUGCGUCGAGCGAGGAGGAGAGUGACGGGAGUGAGAGUGAUGGAAUUCAGGGUGGAGGUGCAUUUGAUUUGCUAGCUGAUCUGGAGAUUUAGGGAUGUAGGAGGGGCGGGGAUCAUGGUCUACAUUGUACUGUAUAUAUAUCACACACUGUAACUACAUCACUAAUGCAUUGACUCUAUCAUCAACAGAGAGUCGCGCCCUACGCCCGUGAAUUGUUACGCCUCUCGACUA